AUGCACCCAUCAUCGUAUCUCUUCAUUCCGUUGGCUUUUCAAGCCUUCGCACCGAGCUUUGUACGCGGAGCAGUCUCUCUCCUGCAUGAUCUCCGAACAGGAUCUGUCUCGAAGCUCGCCGUCGUUGAUCCUGAUGGAGGAGAUUUUGAUGUGUAUAAAGCAAAACCAAAGUCAGGGGUCCGAAAACUUGUCAAAAAGGUGAUACAAAUUCCGUCGAAGCCUUCGGUACCACAUGUCUCUAUCUUUUUUCAACGAGCAAAUAAGUUGAAAACCGAUCAAAAGCUACAACCAACCAUCAAAGCGUUAGCGCAUGACAUCGCGGACUUGAUUUCGAAAUCAGACUCAUCUUGUCGCAGUUUUAAAGUGCAUCUUUCUCGACAUGGAGACAGCGUAAUUGGAUGUUUUAUAUCAGCUAAGGAUGCUCUUUACGAUGAAAACGUGAAGGGUACUGAGAGGCUUUGGGCCCUCGGAAUAGUCGCUGGGCUUUUAAAACAUUUCCCCUCGAAUAUAUUGCACCUAAGACAACAACUGGAAGAAAAUCUUUGGAAAGACUACGUGUAUUUGGAGGUAAAGGCAGCUAUGAGUGAGCCAAUCUCUCAUCCAUAUGAAGCCUCUUUUACUCAAAAGUUCAUGAGUCACUUCCCGAGGGAAAAAGUCAUCUAUGAGAUGAAUCCUGACAUGGAAGAAUGUUUCGAACGAGCCCAAUUGCUGAAAAGAUAUGAUGAGGCAAUGUGGGAAGAGACUAACAGUCACGGAAUUCCCCCAACAAGCAAGUAUAUCGAAGAAUAUGUGGUAAACCACUUCCUGAGUGCACAGCUUCCAUCAGGGGAACUGGAUAUCAAGAAAGCUAUCGUUAUUUUUGCAUCAAUGUUCAGAAAGAUGGAGUUUCCCUCCUUGCCCGCAACACAUGCCGUUUAUAUUCUCGAGUAUCUCAUAGAUUAUUGGAAACCCACCAUGAGCAAGGAAGAGAUCAUAAAAUAUGUUGAAAGUGAUGAAAAUCUCUGGAGAAAUUUCCAUUUACCAUUGGCAAGAUCAAAUUUUGAAAUUUUGAAUCAACUAGAUCGACGGAGAAAGAUUGUUCUUGGGCAUGUACCCAAGAGUACUAAUGAUUUACUGAGCUCAAAGACUAUUCAAGAAGUAAUACAAGACUUGGAAGAAAACAAAUCAACACCUGAGUUAGAAUAUGACAUUUAUAGUAUGCUGAUGAUAAGGUGUACACUUCAUCCAGAAGAGAAUGAGAUUUUGAUAAAUUUGGUUCAAACGAGAACGGAUUUGCGUCUCCAAAUUGAAAAGAUCAGAACCAUAUACAGAUCACAGAAUGCAGGAGAAAAGUCUUUGGAAUUUUUUGACUAUAUGGACUCUGAUUUUCUACUUUCAUUAAUAUUGUAUACUAAGCAUGAGUUGAAUCUUGUCUGCUCAGAUCAUAAGCAUUCUGAGUCAACCAAACUAUUACCAUCAUCAUCCACUACUUUUGGGGAGAUAUCUGAAGAAUAUUAA